UGAUUUGACUGGCACACGCAGAACCCACCCUCUCCGAUGCCCACCGCAAAUCUCGCCGCCGCCGGUGGCCCUAACCACCACUCCGCCGCCCCCCUCUAUCUGAAAACCGAAACCAAGCCGCCAUCGAACGCCUGCGAGAUGCUCGACCCGUCGGCCUCGUCCUCCUCCGGCCCUAUCCGCAUCGACGGAUCCGAACAAGACGCAACCCUAUCAAAAUCAGAGUUCCUGACCCGAUCCGAAUUCCUCAAUCGCCGAGCCCGUAGGGUGAAACAGCUCGGUCGGAUUUACCGAGACCAAUACUGGGCGUUAAUGGAGGAGCUCAAGCUGAAAUACAGGGAGUAUUACUGGGAGUACGGGAAAGGCCCCUUCUUGGAGGAUGAGGAGAACGAGAGAAACAACGCGAGCCGCGGGGAUUACGCUGCCUUGCCUGGUGAAAAUGGCAGCCAUGGGAACUUUGGGGUGAAUGGUGGGAAUGCUAGUGGUAGGGUUAGCGGUAGGUGUGAGGUCCAUGGGUGCAAGGCCAAGGCGAUGGCCUUGACGAGGUUUUGCCAUAUGCAUAUAACGUCUGAUGCGAAGCAGAAGCUCUACGAGAGUUGCACUUUCUCCAUAAAGAGUUCUGCCACAGGACCUAUACUCUGCGGGAGGCCAUUAAUGAAAUCGAGCGUCCCUUCAUAUUGCCCUAUGCACUUUGAAAAGGCAGAGAAGCAUAUGGUGCGUGCUCUCAAGAAGGCUGGUCUCAACGUGUCCUCAACAAGUAAGCUCACCCCAAAGCUCCAUCUCAUAGUUGCCGAGCAUGUCCGCCACAUCCAGAACAAGAGACGAGCCGCCAAAAGAGCCAAUCACCACCACUAACCAACUCUUGAUGAUGCUCAAAUUUACGCCGUAUAUAAACCUGCUAUACAAUUUACAUUCUUUGCCGAGUCUUGAAAUUCUUUAUCUGGGAAAAUGUUGUAGUUUUGACGUGUGUGGUUAUAUCUUUUCCAUGGUGUGUAAAAUCGCAUGUUGUUACUUUUUUUUCAUCCACUACUCUAAAUUUCUUACUCCUGCGUCCAAUCAUUUCUUUUUGCACUUACUCUCC